AUGGAGCACGAGACCAUAGCCGCGUUCGACGUGCUAUCCGACAAAGGCGUGUACCCUCCGGCCUACGCAGUCGGGCCCUUCGUCCGCACGUGCUCAGGCGGCGGGGAGGCAGCAGCAGAGCACAGACGCCUGAGGUGGCUGGACGAGCAGCCGGACAGGUCGGUCCUGUACGUGUGCUUCGGCAGCGGCGGCACGCUGUCCACCGAGCAGAUGGCCGAGCUUGCCGCGGGGCUAGAGGCGAGCGGGCAGAGGUUCCUGUGGGUAGUGCGGUUCCCCAGCGACAAGGACCGCUCCGCGAGCUUCUUUGGCGGCGGCCACGGCGACGACAGCCCGCUAGCAUACCUGCCGGAAGGGUUCGUCGAGAGAAGCAGGGCUCGCCGUGACGGAAUGGGUCCCGCAGGUGGAGAUCCUGAACCACCAGGCCAUCGGCGGGUUCCUGUCGCACUGCGGGUGGAACUCGACGCUGGAGGCCGUAGCCGCGGGCGUGCCAAUGCUCGCCCUGGCAUGGGAGAAGGCGCGCGAGCUCCGGGAGGCGGCGGCAGAGGCCUGGGGGCCGGAAGGACCGUCGCGCCAUGCGUUCCAGGCCGUCGUCGGCGAUGUGUUGUUCAUCCAUAUCGCUUCAAGAUUUGUGCAUCUUCAAGGGUGCCUGUUUAUCUGAUGGCUGGUACCUAUCGUCUGAAUGGAAGCCAUAUUUCACGCACCUGA